UUAAAUAUAAAUAAGACCCGUCGAUUAAACAAAGGCAUGGAUAUCAAAUUAGCUAAGACUAAUAUCAGAAAGCAAGUGGGAGGUAGCUAUAGCCUAUUAACCAGUAUUUUAUCAAUGGGCAGAGCCUUGGCACCAACAAUUGGUAAAACACUUGGUUUGUCAGCGUUAGCAGGUCUUGCCAGUGAAGGCGCUAGUCAAUUGGUAAAAACGAUAUCUGGAGGCAACUUACUGAGGGAUGUUGUAGGCGCUGAAAGAACUUUAGCAUCAACAUUAAAAAAAGAUCACUGCAGGGCAAGUAGGAGACUUUUUAAUCCCACAGAAUAAAAUUAAUCAGUUGAUUGCGUAUAAACACCUUCUGUUCCCAAAACAGAAGCAAGAUAUUCUUAAUGCUCUUCAAACAGGUUCAGGUGUUCGUAUAAAGCAAAUCACAUUACAGCUGGGUAACGGUCUUGGGACUAUUCUAGCAUCAAUGGGUAUUCCAUUAGCUAUUGAACUGGUUAAAAAAAUAACUGGUAGGGGGGCACCAAGAUUGGGGACAAGUACUGGAAAACAAGAUGGUCAUGGAACC